AUGAGGGUCGCAAAAGUAAUAAUAAUAGAAAGAAAAGCAAGUUUAAAAGAUUCUCGAAACACACACGAUUCAUCAAGCAGAAGGCAGGCUUCUAUCGCGCCAUCCAGGGGGAGAACUCAUCAACGACGUGGCAGAGGUAGAGGACGUGAGAGAUCACGUGGUUUUCGAGGAAGAAAUGGAAGUCGAGACGAGAAUAGUUUCACUUAUAUACACUGUGGCGUAAAAGUGUCAAAUUUUUAUAAUGUCCCUGAAGAUGAACUUAGCACAGUGUCUUUGCUAAAAUCAUCACAGAAUCAUCCAUCCCUUCUUCGCAGACUUCUACUGGUGAAUGAGAUUAAGCAGCAGAAAAAGAAAGACGUGAAGCAAAUCUUGACCAAACAGUUCGGAGAUCAAUGGUCACAAAAUCCUGAACUUGAAUGGUUUAAAACCAUUAUUUCCAAUGAAACAGCUACUACAACUCAUCAUACAUGUGCAGAAAAUAACGUCGAUGAUGAUGAUGUUGACUCCGAUGUCAAGGAAUGUGAUUGUUGUGAGCCCGAUCUGCAAGAGAUUGUCUAA